UCCUGGUGCCUAGCUUGGUCUAUGAGCCAUUGAAAUUCCAGGGCAGAAGUCCUGAGACAAAGAUCAUAAUGAGACAGGAAGGUGGCAAAGGAAGGAGCCCAUUUGCAUGACAAUAAUUGAGCCAAGAAUAGAAAGCUAGAGGGAUGCAAGGGUGAGGUUGGCAGCUGAGCUGGGCUAAACCUCACAAAUCAGACUACCCAGUUCUGCUCUGCAGAGGAAGGGAGGCUGAGUCCUGUGCCAGGCUGGAAGGGAGGGAGAGGAGACGGGGGAAGGGCCCUGGCCCCAGGGGAUUGUGGGAACACGGACCGGGCUGGACUUUGCCUUCCUCUUCAGCAGGGGAGCCACCUUUGCUUGCCUUCUCCUAUGUGGGCUCUGGGACUGUAGGGCUGACCAAGUGGGCAUCAUGGCUGCCCAGAAAGAUCUCUGGGAUGCUAUUGUGCUUGGUGCAGGCAUCCAGGGCUGCUUCACUGCAUACCACCUGGCCAAACACAGGAAGCAGGUCCUCCUCCUGGAGCAGUUCUUUCUACCACACUCCCGAGGAAGUUCCCAUGGACAGAGCCGGAUUAUCCGAAAGGCAUACGUGGACGACUUUUACACCCAGAUGAUGGAUGAGUGCUAUCGGAUCUGGGCCCAGCUGGAGCAGGAGUCUGAAACCCAACUGUACAGGCAGACUGGACUACUGGUGGUGGGACCAAAGGAAAAUCCAGAAUUAAAAACAAUUCAGGCCACUCUAUCUAGGCAGAGGAUAGAACACCAGUGUCUUUCAUCUGAGGAACUGAAACACCGUUUCCCAAAUAUUCGGUUGCCCCAGGGAGAAGUGGGGCUCUUGGAGAAGUCUGGGGGAGUUCUCUAUGCAGACAGGGCCCUCCGAGCUCUCCAGAAUGCAGUUCGACAGCUGGGAGGUACAGUGCGGGAUGCAGAAAAGGUGAUGGAGAUAAAACCGGGGCUGCCAGUCAUGGUGAAAACCAGCUCUGGGAGCUACCAAGCCAAGAGCUUGAUCAUCACAGCAGGUCCUUGGACCAACUGUCUCCUCCGUCCCCUGGGAAUCGAGCUACCUCUCCAGACCCUGAGGAUCAAUGUUUGUUACUGGCGAGAGAAGUCUCCUGGGAGUUAUGGUGUAUUCCAGGCCUUUCCAUGCUUCCUGGGCCUGGGCCAAGCCCCCCACCAUAUCUACGGGCUGCCAGAAGGAGAGUACCCAGGGCUUAUGAAGGUCUGCUAUCACCACGGCAACCACACAGACCCUGAUGAGCGGGACUGUCCCACAGCAUGCCUAGACAUUCAAGAUGUCCAAAUCCUGUGCCGCUUUGUCAAAGAUCACUUACCUGGCUUGAAGCCAGAGCCUGCCAUCGUGGAGCACUGCAUGUACACGAACACCCCUGAUGAGCACUUCAUUCUCGAUUGCCACCCAAAGUAUGACAACAUUGUCAUUGGUGCUGGAUUCUCUGGGCAUGGAUUCAAGCUGGCCCCUGUUGUGGGGACGAUCCUAUAUGAAUUAAGCAUGAAACUAACACCAUCUUAUGACUUGACACCUUUUCGAAUCAGCCGCUUCCAUGGCCUGGGCAAAGCUCACCUUUGACCCCUGGCCAGCAGCCUCCCCUCAGUGCACAGGAGUCCCUGCUGGAGAAGACUUCUCAGUUGUAGGAAGUGGCUCUGAGAUGUCAUCUUUUUCUGCCUUUUUUUUUUGUUGCAGUUUUUGGCCAGGGCUGAGUUUGAACACGCCACUUCCGGCAUAUGGGGCCAGUGCCCUACCCCUUUGAGCCACAGGUGCUGCCCUCUGCCUCUUUUGAAUCCUCCACAGUCACUGGAUGGUUGAGUCGACCUUCGUUCCCUGACCAGCUUCCUAAUCUCAACUACUCUUGUGCUUGCAAAAGGUCAAUCAGAUAUUCUAUAAUCACGGAUUCGCAAGGACCUUUGAGAUGGAUGUUUCAAUAUGGAGGGGCACAAGGACUGGCUCAGGAGACCAAAGCAGUAGUUAAAAUUCUUUUUGCUGGGAUAUUUGAUGAACUUGAAAUGGAUUUGACUAAAUCUUCCCAGGAGAGGGUGAACAAGAUGAUCUCCUAUAGAUCACUACUGCCCUUGGAGUUUCUUUUUCUAAAACUAGAGCUACCUUCCAAUCAUGCAUGCCCAUAAAAUUUCUGGCUUGUCUUAGAUGCACAAUAAAUAUUUGUUGAAAGAUUUGUUGAACAAACAAACAAAGAAAUAGCUGCAUUGCAUUUAAGUCCAUGGUGGGCUUUCUUUUCCAUGUGACCUUAUUUCUCACAGGCUCUAAUUGUCUAAAUUAGCACCAUAGAAUCCAUUAACUCAGGAACGCUUGGAGUCUUUAUCCCCUUUCAGCCCUGCACCCCCUUCAUCUGGAUAUUUUGUCUCCUCCUCAUCCUCUUUCUGCUUCUGUAAGGAUGAUCAGCUUCCAGGCUCUCAUUAAGGUGUAUUGUCAGGUCCUUAUGAAGAUGGAGCUGUUAUACCAGAAAGAAAGAGAAAGACACACUCGCUCAGAAACCCUGUUCAAUGUUUGAAUGUUAAAUGUGCCAUUUUAUUAUCAUUAGGAUUGCUCCCACUUAAUGAAACAGCAUU